CAGGCACGACGACGGCGUGCUUCAAAAUCCCUCAAUUUCAACACUUUGAACACUUCGAUUUCUGAGCUAGGUCGUUUCAAUUUCUGAAUCUCAAUUUCAAUUUCUAUUUCUAUUUCUAUCAUCAUGAUUGCAAUUGCACGCAAAAAUCUCUCCUGCUUAGUUUUGAGCCCUAAUUCAUUUCUCUGCAACUCCAAUCUACAUUUCCUUCCACCAAUCCACUUUUUCUCGACUUCGAGAAUCAACACACUAGCCCCUUGCGCUGAUAUUCACGAUGUUUUGGUCAAUAAACACCAAUUUCUUCCUGAAUUAGCUUCGCGUUUACCUAAAUUUAGAGACCCCCAAAAAGCUGAUUCAGUUCUAUCAUUCCUCAAAGAGAAUAGCUUUACGACUGCUCAGCUGCAGAAAUUAGUUAUGUAUGAUCCUCGGAUUCUAGGGUUUACAAUUGAGGGCUUGGAAUCCAAAUUCAAGGUAUUCCAAGAUUUGGGGCUUUCUUCCGAGGAGAUUGCCAAGAUGAUUUCCAGUAAUGAGAGGAUUUUACAAUCAAGUAUAGCAAAAAAGAUCAUUCCCAAUUUAUCGAUGCUGAAGGGCUUGCUGGGAUCCAAUGACGAUGUGGCCAGACUUUUGAAAAGAUUAUCCUGGUUUGUGGUACAUGAUUUGGAGAAAACCUUGAUGCCAAAUGUUGAAAUCUUGAAGAGAUGUAGCAUACCGAUGGAGCGCAUCCUUCACUUGCUCUAUGGUCUACCGCGGGCUUUCUUGGUCAAGUCGGAUAUCAUGAGGAGAUCUGUAGACAAGGCCAUCGAAUUUGGGGUCCCUCGCACUUCAGUUGUUUUUAUCUAUGCUCUUUGUGUAUUUCACUUUACGGGCGAAGGGAUGUGGGAAGUCAAGGUGCAAACACUUCGUGAUUUGGGAUUUUCUGAUGAUGAUGUAUUGGCAAUGUUUAGGAAGCAACCUAGUGUUUUUAGAAUAUCUGGAAACAAAAUGAAGAACAAAAUAGAGUUUCUUAUUGCUACUGGGAAGUUCAGUGUAUCCAGUAUUGUAGCUUGUCCGGUAGCACUUAGCUACAAUAUCGAGAGGAGGCUUGGGCCGCGGAUGCAAAUUCUGAGACUUUAGGAGAGUAGGAAUCUGAUUGAAAAGUGGCCUUGUCUUUCAGUAAUUUCUACUUCUACUGAUGGUACAUUUAUUGACAGAUUUAUUAGGCCUUAUUAUGAUGUGAUUGGCGAAGAACACAUCGCAAAGGUUUUCGUCGAUGGCAGAAAGAGAUGAAGCUUUAUAAGUUGAACUUGUGCUUAACAUAGAGAGGGGUAUCUUGCUUGUGUCUGUUUCUAGUUCUCUUUGAUCGUCGUCUCGUGAUAAGACGUAUCGUUGUGGCCUCGUUGCUAUAUGCUUUCGUUUAGUAUGAUUGUAUAUUUUGCUCUGCCUUUGUUAGUAAUGUUCUUCCACUCCUAAUGUUCUAUGUAUCUUGGAAUUUUAACUCAAGAAAAAUGCUAAAAGAAAGUUAUGUUCAGUUUGUAUUAA